AUGCCGGAUCCAAGAACGAGAAAGUCCAGACAUGAACUAACGCCAGAUAACCUUUCGUCAUCUAUCCUAAUUUCAAAUUUACCUAGUUCAUGGAUAGAGUCUACAGUGACAUCAGUAAUUGCAGGCUCAGGACCUAUAGUUAAAGUAUCGGAUAAGAAAGAUCCUCGUAAUGGCAGAUUAAUUGGUAUUGUAAUAGAUUAUUUAACUAGUAAAGAUUGUAAGCGUGCUGUUGAAAUUAUAAAAAAGAUUAAAAACUUUGCUUGCAAGAUUGAGAGGAUUAUUCCUUUAAACUGGUCUUCCAGAGCUGAUGUAAGCGAUAAAGACGUACUGGAUUUGAAGAGGGAUAAUUAUCCGUGGGAUGAUAACUUGGAAUUACCGUUUGAGCUUGUUUCGGAGGUUCCAAUUCCAAGGAAGCCUGUGUUGAAACCGGCGGCAAGUAGCAUAAACGCUGGGAAUGGGCAGUCGCCAUUUCCGGAGAUUCUUAGCAAGGCGUCACAGCAUUUGCCUGCGCUACAACCAGAUUCUCUGGUUGCUACAGAUCCCAUAUCGGCGAAUUUGUCUAAUAUUCCUCCCUUACAGCUGUUGGAAAUGAUUUCGAAUCUGAAGAUGCUUUCCAAUCAGGAUUCGUCCAAGAGGGUUCUUUUAGAACAAUUUUUAAGAGAUAAUAGUAUGGUAAGAAUUGCAGUUUCACAAGCUCUCUUGGAAAUGGGCUUCAUUAACUACGAGGUGGUGACUAAGGUAAUCUCUGAACACCAACCGCAGCCUGCGCAAAACACCCCAAGACAGUCUACAACCCCAAUAAACUUUAUGCAACCACAAAUAAUACCUCAUAUGCCUGCAAUUUUAAACAUGAUGCAUCCACAGAUGAUGGGCACCCCUCAUCAACCUACACAGCAAGCUGGAAAUCAAUUUAUGAUAGGCCAAACUCCCACGCCGAUUUCCCAACCAGCACAACCUCUGAGAAUAAAUGAACCCAAGUUGGUAAUAUUACCGAGGGCUAAGCAAGAUAUGAUUAGACAAGUUAUAAAUUUGCCGCAGGAACAAGUUCGGUUAUUACCUCCAGACCAAGUUAGUGUCAUCGAGAGUCUGAGAAAAGAAUAUUUGAUAUAG